AUGUCUUCGUUUCCUCCAUCAAUCUCGAGAUUUCGAAGAUUCUCCAAAUCUCUCAAUCCCCAUUCGAUUCUCGGUGUAAGCUUGUCGCAAAGGCUGAUGCAAAGUGUUCGAAGAUUACUUGGGAACCCUCCACCAGGAAUCGUCUCGAUUUCUGGGCAUUUGAUUAUAAACAGUGACAAGAGAGAAUUUGAGAGUAACAUUGAAGAAAGUUUCGGUGUUGGAAGGCCUCCUUGUGGGAAAGUUUCCAGAUUUGGGCAAUCCCUAAUCUCAAGAGACUCGAGUGCGAUACGAUCGUCUCCGAGUCCUGCGUGAAUCGAGAAAGUUUUGAAGCUUUCACAAUCCCUAAUUGAGAGGCUUCUCAGCUUCGGAAACAAUGAUAGAGGGAAAUUGACGAGAUUGCUGCAGCUACUUCCGAUGAAAAGGGUGGCUUCCAGGGAAAGAUUCUAGAGAAUGACAAGCAAUGAUGAGUAGUUCAUGGAGGUUUGGAUAGCUUUCUGUUAAGUUCUCCGGUAAGGAAGUGAGUCCGUCGCAGCUGUCGAUGUGGAGUGACUGCAGAUUCUGAGGAAGCUCCAUGAGGUGAGAUAUGUCUGUCACUUUUAAAUAUUCCAUGUCUGUUUCAUCAUCAUCAUAUUGUGACGGCUUUAUUGCUUCACUUGACCGUGGACUCGGAACAGAUGACUUAAUCCCAUAUUGAUGGUACUGGUAGCUACUACUUCCAGGAAGAAUAGAACCUUCAUUUUUGGGAUCUGGAACAAGUGAUGUUCU